AUGAGACAAGCCUACUAUUUUGUCAACAAUAGGAAACCUGCAACUGCUGGGUUUAGUGCAACCCCUACUGUGUUUGGAGCUAGUACUUCCUCGACAUCCCUAUUUGGUAAUGCAGCUCAGCCAGCAACUGGCUUAUUUGGAACUCCAGCCGCUGCACCUGCUUUUGGGGCACCCUCUACUACACAAUCAUUUGGUUUUGGCCAGCCAGCUGCAAGCACUUCUUUGUUUGGUGGCAAUGCUCCAGGAUCAGCAGCAGGUACUUCUGGUAGCUUAUUUGGUGCAGGCACAACAACAUCAGCUUUUGGUCAACCUAAUAAAGGGUCUACUUUUGGGUUUGGUGCUACACCAUCUACUGGUAGUCUAUUUGGACAAACUGCGUCAACUCAAGCUCCUACUACUACUGGUUUAUUUGGUCAAAGCGCCACUACUCAACCUGGCACAGGCUUGUUUGGGAAUACUAGUUUUGCAAGUGGUUCUACUGGGACAGUGAUCAAGUUUAAUCCAGUCACGGGUACUGAUAUGAUGGUUAAAAGUGGACAAAGCACUUCAAUAAAUACGAAACAUCAUUGUAUUACAUGUAUGAAGGAAUAUGAAGGCAAAUCUUUAGAAGAAUUACGACUUGAAGAUUAUAUGGCUAAUCGCAAAGGUCCUCAAUCUGGUGGCAUUGGCACUUCUAGUCCUUUCGGUAUGGCUCAACCUCAAACAGGUCUUUUUGGUCAGCAAGCUACUUCUACUCCAGCAACAGGAGGAAUAUUUGGGCAACAAGAAAAUAAGUCAUUAUUUGGUUCAACUACUCCAGCUUUAGGAUUUGGUAGCACAACUCCUGCAUUUGGAGCAACUACACAGUCUGGAACUAGUUCAUUAUUUGGUGCCAAACCUACUACAGCAUUUGGCGCUCAACCAGCUGCAACCACUACAUCUGCAUUUUCUUUCAAUACAAAUACGUUUGGAGCUAACACUCAAGCAAAACCAUUCGGAACCAGCACACCACAAACUGGACUUUUUGGACAACCUGCCACAAGUACAUUUGGCACAACUACUCCUGGUUUUAGUGGUUUUGGAACACCCACUACACAGUCAACUGGUUUAUUUGGUGCUAAGCCUGGAGGUAGCCCUUUCAAUAUGCCUGCUUCAACCAGCACAGGAUUUGGAGCUUUUGGUCAGACUGCAACAACAACUACAGCUACUUCAAGCUUAUUUGGUGCCAAGCCAGCUACUACUGGAUUUGGUGCAACAAAUACAGGCUUUGGAACACCAGCCACUAGUACUGGUUUUGGAGGAUUUGGUCAAACAACUACUUCAAACUCUUUAUUCAAUAAUACAUUUAACAAACCAGCAACUAGCACAUUUGGUUUUGGAAACACUUCUACCAACACCACUUUAGGAACUGGUUUAAAUCUAGGAGGAACGACAAAUUCAUUAUUUGGAGGUACUAACACAGCAGCUAAACCUGGUGGAUUGUUUGGCACAACCAAUCCAAGUAGCACUGGGUUAUUUGGCAGUACAAAUACUUUUGGAACCAAUAAUACUCUUACGAACACAGGAUUGGGCAAUACCACAUUGGGUACCCAACAAUCUUCCUCCAAUACAAGUAUUCCUAUUCAUCAACAAAUGAUUCUGAUUUCACAACCAUUUGGUGAUUCACCUUUGUUUAAAAAUUUGGCUCCAGCUUCAGGUAAAGUAGAAGAAUUACUACGUCCAACUAAUCCAACAGCCCAGAAAGCAGUUUUGGACAAUCCAAAAUUCAAAUUAUCUACUGGGAGAGACGCUAAUGUUAAAAUAAAACCACUUAGCUGGACUGCUAAUCCAAAGAAAACUUUAUUUGAUGGACUAGAAGAAUAUGACCCAUCCAUAGAGGUUUUUAGUCUCAAACCAAAUCCUAAACGCCUUGUAUUAACAAAUAAAUCGUCAAAUAAUUCUAUCGAUAAUAUUGAUAAGACUUUAGGCAAUGAAUCGUUGAGUAAAACUUCUAAUAUUGAAGAUACUAAGGUUACUACAACUCCAGUUAGUGGCUUACAUGGAAUUUUAUUGAAAGACAAAAAAGGAAAAGAAGAGAGAAGGGUGUCAUGGUUAAAUUCACCUGCCUUAGAUGGGGAGAACAAGAGAAAGGAUUCUAUAGAUCCGCAAGAUACUUUUAUUGAUAAUAUAGCUAAUUCAACUCCAACAAACAUUCAUAGGGUUGUCAAAGCAAACUUCGACUUAAAUCAGAGUGCCAGUGUUAGCGAAUCUUUUGAAAGAAGAGCAAAAUCUAAAUCAAGCUUUGAUGAAUCCGAAAAGGAAAAUUUGAGUGUUGGUACAGAUUCCUCAAUAGAACAUCAAACUACAGAAAGUGCUAUCCAUUAUCCAACUGGUAUAACUUUGACACGAACUGGCUAUUAUACUAUACCGUCUUUAGAUAAACUUAGUGAAUUUAUGACUGAAGAUAACCAAUGCAUCGUCCCCAACUUUACUGUAGGCAGAGAGGGUUAUGGAAAUGUCUACUUCAAUGAUUCAUUUGAUGUGGCCAAUUUAAAUUUGGAUGAAAUAGUGCACUUCAGGCAUAAGGAAGUGAUCAUAUAUCCGGAUGAUGAUAACAAGCCACCAGUUGGAGUUGGAUUGAAUAGAAAAGCACAAGUGACCCUGGAUAGAGUAUGGCCUCAUGAUAAAAAUAAACAUGAACCAAUAACAGAUCCUGGUAUUUUGCAACAAAUUGACUAUGAAGAAAAACUACGAAGGGUUUGUGCUAAACAUGAUACAAGAUUUUUGGAAUAUAGGCCUCAAACUGGCAGUUGGGUUUUCAAAGUCGAUCACUUUUCAAAAUAUGGUUUAAGCGACUCUGAAGAUGAAGAAGUUUUACCUACAGUUAAAAAGCCAGUAAAGUCACCUGUUAUUAAAGCCAUAUCUGAUCACAUUGUUCAUAAAGUACAGAAAAAUAAAAUUCAAGAAAAUGGUCAAAUGUCUUUAAAUAAAUCUUUUGAAGAAAUUUCAAAAGGUCUUGGUGGAGGUUUGACUAAUGGUGAUCAUAGUUGUGCUAUGACUAAUGGUUAUGAUAAACAUGAUCACGUGCCCGAUCAUUUCAUUAGAUAUCAAGGUUUAUAUCCAGAUAUUGAAGAUGAUCUACAAACAUCUUGGACAAAUUACAAUUCUGAGACACGGAAUGAAAUUCGAAGUCCUACAACAGAUAUUGUUAAAGAAUCUGGACAGAACAAUCACAAGUUACAGCUGAUGAAGGCGUCAUUUUUUAUUGAUGAUGAUGAUGAUGAUGAUAUGAAAUCUGUUACAGACAAUAUGGAGGUUUAUGAAAAACAAACAUCAGAUCAGAUUGUGCCAAAAGCUCUCGUUAUGAAUUCACGAUAUAAAAAUGGCAACGAUAACGGUUUUAAAUUUAAAAUGUCAGAAACAAUACAGUUGGAACGUCCUUCAGAAAAAGAUUUAAAUGAGAUGGAAUUAGCUUAUGAGAUGAGUACUCAGGUUUUUGAGACUAUAAUAAUAAGGCCUACAACAGUAGUACUGAAAAAUAGUCAGUAUACAAUGCCAUAUAAGGAUUCUCUAGCAUCUAAAUUGACUUGUUUGAGUGAUGCUUCACUCUAUAAUGGUAGACGAUUCAAAAAUGGUUGGGGAUCUCAAAAUCUUUUAUUAACUCUGACUACAAAGGAUUUAUUUGAAUCUUUAGAACCAGAAUCUAAUUUAGAAAAUCUUCAUAGUUACUUGAUUGGCAGACAAGAGAACGACUGCAGUACUACAUUGAUACAAGCUGUACAAGUUGGACAAGCAGAGAAAUGGUUUGAGAAACUAGUUCUUCCACAUAUGGAUGUCCAAUUGGAUUAUACAGAAAUAAUACACAAUGAUAAAUAUCCGAAAGCUAUCACAAACCCUGGUGUUCUUGAAGCUCACUACGAAGUUUCUCAGAAACUGCAUGAUAAGAGAGAAAAUAGUUUUGAUCAAUUUCAUUACAAUACACAAGUUUGGGAUUUAGUGAAAGCACUCUGGGGUUACAUUGCGGCAUUAGAAGGAUUGGAAAGCUCAGAUCAUAUAGCAAUUAUGUGUAGAAGAAGAGCAUUUUCUGAAUGGCUGGAAAGAUGGUCUGCUCUAGAAACUACAAUUCAAACUUCAAAAGCUUCAGAAAACAAAGAUAAUUAUUCUGAAGAGCACUUAGAAACCAUAAUAAAUCUUUUGUCACAGCAUAAAAUAGAAGAGGCUACAGAUAUUGCUCAAGAAAAUGGCGAUUAUUACUUGUCUAUGCUUUUGUCUCAAAUUUCCAGUGGGCCUAUGGUUCGGGAGCUUUUGAAACAGCAAUUAAUAUCUUGGAGAGAUGUUGAAGGUGAUUUAUUCAUUUCUCCCAUGCGAUUGCGUGCAUUUUUACUAGUUGCAGGUAUUCCUGUAUUUGAAUCUACUCAUGGUAUGAUAAACAUAUGUGAAGGAUUGGAUUGGAAAAGGUCAUUAGCUGUUCAUCUAUGGUAUAUUAGUAUGCCAACAGCUUCUAUCGCAGAUUGUUUGCAAUUAUAUGAAAAGGCAUUCAAACUGGAUGAUCCAGAUGUUGAUUUAAAGCCAUAUGCAUGCUCACCUGAUCCUCCAUAUCAUUGUUGUACUAAUGUUGGCCAAGAAAGAAAAUCUAUUCAAGAUUUAUGUUUUCACUUAUUGAAGUUAAAUACUUGCCACAGUCAUACACUGGAAAGUUUAUUAAAUCCAGCAACUCACACUCCUGAUGCUUUGGAUUAUAGACUAAGUUGGUUCUUACAGCAGACUUUGAAAUCUAUUGGAUAUGGACAUAGUUCUGAACUUUCACAAUCUAUGAUUCACACAUCAUUUGCAUCUCAAUUGGAAACAAAUGGUUUAUGGCAUUGGGCUGUUUUUGUUCUGUUACAUAUUGAAUCAGAUGAAAGACGUGCAGCUGUAAUAAAAGAUUUACUUGAUCGUCAUGUCUCUUUAAGUAUGGACGAAGAUUAUUUAAAUCGAGAAAAAUUUAUUUUGGAGCAGCUGAAUAUUCCUUCGCAAUGGCUAUAUAAUUCAAAGGCAUUAUUAGCUGGUAAUUUAAAACAAUAUAGAAUCCAAGCUGAGUGUUUCAUCAAUGGGAACAUGUGGAAUGAAGCUCAUACAGUCAUAAUGAGGCAUUUAGCACCUGAUGAUUUUAUAAAUGGCGAAAUACAAAACUUGAAGAACAUGCUGUCUCCGCUUGCUGAAAACAGUGUUUCUAUAUCAGGUUGGUCGACUCAAGGAGAAGUGCUAUGGGAUUUUCUUGAUUUGGAGUCAGAGGUCCAAGGUAUGCUGAGUGAAGAGAUUGAGAAUUUAGGCUACCACAUGGAAAUUCUGCAGCCACGAUUGUCAUCAUUAUGUAGCAGAGUAAUCUUACUUCCUUGCCCUACAUCAAAGCAUAGACUGUGUCAAAGUGAAAUAUCAAAGAAAAUCAUUGGUAUUGUUCGUGGAAUUGUUAUGCAAGCAAAUCAAGCUGAUUCAAGAGCAAUACUGAAAGUUAUAAGUCAACUACCAAUGCCCGAAGAUUAUUCACAGCAUGAGUUAAGAUCCAUGAUUGAUAAUUUUACAAUAAAUUUUGAUACAAUGCCUUAAUUUUUUUUACUUAAUUAGAGAAAAGUUAAUAUUUUUGAUAUGCA